AUGAUAAUGAAAUUUCUCUUCAUUUUCGUGCUUGUAUUCUCCGCUUUUUCCCUAGCAGAGUCGUCCUGUAAGUCCCCCGACCAUGUUCUUGUUUACUCGUCGAGGCUUCUCGGAGCGCUCCGAAUACUCCGGCUAAGUCUGCCUUCUUUGCCGGCGGCGCCGAAGGGCGGUAGAGCGGUGCGAGAAGUCGCGGACAGAGUUUUGGCGGUUAAGGCGAAGGGGUGUACCAAGUGGAGCCGCAAGAUCCUCACCAACCGCCUCAAGCUGAAGUUCAUGAAGAAGCACAACAAGAGGCAGAGAGUGGUAGCGACGGUGAGAGGGAACAACCGGUUGCCGAAGAAGCCGAGAUUGAGUAUUCUUCGGUUGAAAAUGAAGAAUUUACCGACUGUACAGGGAAAGGCUCGCGUUUUGGACCGGAUUGUUCCCGACUGCCGGAAGUAA